AUGCUAACACUACCGUUUGAUGAGUCUGUUGUAAUGCCAGAAUCCCAGAUGUGCAGAAAGUUUUCCAGAGAAAGCGAUGACCAAAAGCAAAUGAAGAACCCGGAAAGCUUUUCGAAGCAGAUUGUACUCCGUGGAAAGAAUAUUAAAAGAUCUCCUGGAGAAGACACAGAGAAAGAGGAGGAAGAGGAAGAGAGGGAAGAAGAGGAUGAGAAUGGCUUGCCCAGGCGAAGGGGCCUUCGGAAAAAAAAGACAAGCAAGAUCAGGAUGGAAAGGAUCAAAUUCAGGCGACAAGAAGCCAAUGCGCGAGAGAGGAACCGGAUGCAUGGCCUUAACGACGCCCUGGACAAUUUAAGGAAAGUGGUCCCUUGUUACUCUAAAACACAAAAACUGUCUAAAAUAGAAACCUUAAGACUAGCCAAGAACUACAUUUGGGCUCUUUCUGAAAUCCUGCGAAUUGGCAAGAGGCCCGACCUGCUCACCUUCGUCCAAAACUUGUGCAAGGGUCUGUCCCAGCCAACGACAAACUUGGUGGCGGGAUGCCUGCAGCUGAAUGCCCGAAGCUUUCUGAUGGGCCAGGCGGGCGAAGGUGCCCAUCAUGCCCGCUCGCCCUACUCCACCUUCUACCCCCCCUACCACAGCCCCGAGCUCGGCACCCCCCCAGGGCACGGGACUCUUGACAACUCCAAGUCCAUGAAACCCUACAACUACUGCAGCGCGUACGAGUCCUUCUACGAGAGCACUUCCCCCGAGUGUGCCAGCCCACAGUUUGAAGGUCCCUUAAGUCCUCCCCCAAUUAACUAUAAUGGGAUAUUUUCCCUGAAGCAAGAAGAAAGCUUGGACUAUGGCAAAAAUUACAAUUACGGCAUGCAUUACUGUGCAGUGCCACCCAGGGGUCCCCUUGGGCAGAGCUCGAUGUUCAGGUUGCCUACAGAGAGCCACUUCCCUUACGACUUACAUCUGCGCAGCCAGUCUCUCACCAUGCAAGAUGAAUUAAAUGCAGUUUUUCAUAAUUAA